CCGGGUCUGUCAUGUGACUCCCCGGCGGCACCAUGGCGGAAGCAGAGGAGCAGGAAACCGAGUCUCUUGAAGAAUCUACAGAUGAGUCUGAGGAAGAAGAAAGUGAAGAGGAGCCCAAACUGAAGUAUGAAAGGCUUUCCAAUGGGGUAACUGAAAUCCUUCAGAAGGAUGCAGCUAGCUGCAUGACAGUCCACGACAAGUUUUUGGCACUGGGCACCCAUUAUGGCAAGGUUUAUUUACUUGAUGUCCAGGGGAACAUCACUCAGAAGUUUGAUGUAAGUCCCGUGAAGAUAAAUCAGAUUAGCCUGGAUGAGAGUGGAGAGCACAUGGGCGUAUGUUCAGAGGAUGGCAAGUUGCUGCUAUUUGAACGAUCUUGGAUGAGCAGAUGGAAGUCUUCUGUUCUGCACGAAGGGGAAGGGAACAUAAGGAGUGUCAAGUGGAGAGGCCAUCUGAUUGCUUGGGCCAAUAAUAUGGGUGUGAAGAUUUUUGAUAUCACCUCCAAGCAGAGAAUCACCAACGUGCCCCGGGAUGACAUAAGUCUUCGCCCAGAUAUGUAUCCGUGCAGCCUCUGCUGGAAGGACAGCGUGACGCUGAUUAUUGGCUGGGGGACUUCUGUCAAGAUCUGCUCAGUGAAGGAGCGGCAUGCUAGUGAAAUGAGGGACUUGCCAAGUCGAUAUGUUGAAAUAGGUAAGCCUUCUAGGAAUGUAAGACGUCAAAAGAGAAUCCAUUUCAGUAAAGGGAAACCUAAAAUCAUGUUCGUCUUCAGGGAAAGAGAAUACUGUGCCAGGCCGAGACUGGAUAUCAUCCAGCCACUCUCUGAAACCUGUGAAGAGAUCUCUUCUGAUGCUCUGACCGUGAGAGGCUUUCAGGAGAAUGAGUGUAGAGAUUAUCAUUUAGAGUACUCUGAAGGGGAAUCGCUCUUUUACAUCGUGAGUCCAAGAGAUGUUGUGGUAGCCAAGGAACGAGACCAAGAUGACCACAUUGAUUGGCUCCUUGAAAAGAAGAAAUACGAGGUAGUUUUGAUUUUGCUUUCUUUAAAGUAUUUACACACCUGUAACAGAGGAGAAAAGGUUUCUGGUUUUGCCUCUCUGAUCCGAGAAUGGCCUGGAGAUCUGUACAACAAUUCAGUAAUCGUUCAAGCAGUUCGGGAUCACCUGAAGAAAGAUAGUCAGAAUAGGACCUUACUCAAAACCCUGGCAGAACUGUUCUCUUCUGACACAGCAGGUGUCAGUGACUGUCGCUUUUUUUUCUUUUUAUUUCAGAAAGCUGUCGACAUGCUUUUGGACAACGAAGACAAAAUUUCAAUUAAAAAGGUAGUGGAAGAACUAGAAGACAGACCAGAGUUGCAGCACGUGUAUCUGCAUAAGCUUUUCAAGAGAGACCAUCAUAAGGGGCAGCGCUACCAUGAAAAACAGAUCAGCCUUUAUGCUGAAUAUGAUCGAUCAAACUUACUUCCCUUUCUCCGAGAUAGUACCCACUGCCCCCUUGAAAAGGCUCUUGAGAUCUGUCAACAGAGAAACUUUGUAGAAGAGACGGUUUAUCUUCUGAGCCGAAUGGGUAAUAGCCGAAGUGCCCUGAAGAUGAUCAUGGAGGAAUUACAUGAUGUUGAUAAAGCAAUUGAAUUUGCCAAGGAGCAAGACGAUGGAGAACUCUGGGAAGAUCUGAUUUUAUAUUCCAUCGACAAACCACCAUUUAUUACUGGCUUAUUAAACAACAUCGGCACGCAUGUGGACCCAAUUCUCCUGAUUCACCGCAUUAAGGAAGGGAUGGAGAUCCCCAAUUUGAGAGAUUCCUUGGUUAAAAUUCUGCAAGACUACAAUUUGCAAAUUCUGCUUCGUGAAGGCUGCAAGAAGAUUCUCGUGGCAGACUCUUUGUCCUUACUGAAGAAAAUGCACCGAACUCAAAUGAAAGGCGUUCUGGUCGAUGAGGAGAACAUCUGUGAAUCGUGCCUUUCCCCUAUUCUUCCAUCAGAUGCCGCCAAGCCCUUCAGCGUGCUGGUCUUCCACUGCCGCCACAUGUUCCACAAGGAGUGCCUGCCCGGGCCCAGCACAAACUCUCCUGCGCAGUUCUGCGGCAUCUGCAGCGCCAAGCACCGCGGGCCAGGAAGCGCCAUUUUGGAGAUGAAGAAGUAGCCCGGCUCUGCCGUCCUCUUCCUCACCACGCUUUUGAAGACUGCGUGUCUUUGCGGCAGCGGUAUUUGUGGACACCAGUGCUGUUCCAGGAUUUGUACGUGUUUAUGUUCUGCUCAAGGAAAACUUUCUUCAUCUUUGCCCGUCUUCUAGAGGUUUCUCUGUGCAGUUGAUGAAGUGAGGGUUUGCCACAUCCAUGCCUCCAAAUAUUUGGGCUCACAGUCCGUAUUUCAUCAUUUGUUGGGCUCAUUCUUCAUUUAGGAAUAGAAAAGUCAGUCUGGGAGUUGGAAAAUGAAUUUCUGGAGCCUGGUAGAACUGGCCAUCGGGCGGCCUGCUGAGCGUGGUCCUCGCUGCCACGAGCAUCGCCGGGGAGCUGCCCAGCCAGCGCUUGCUGCAGCUUGGCACCUGUUCCCACAGGCUCUGCCGCCAUCAGUCCUCGCAUUCUGGGUUUGCUUUUUUUAAUAUGUCACCAGCUGUGAUUAUCUUCUUAAUAGGCAUUUAAUGCAACAUUGUGUAAAUUGUCACUUAUUCAAGGACAUCUGGGAAUAACAUGAGCAGGCUGACGUCGUGCUGCUUUACGGUGACUGAUCACGUGUUCCGUAUGUCUGUCCAUUGAAUAAAUGUUAGCUCUUCCCAUUA